GCAGCGGAGUGGAGAGGAGGGGCUGCGCUGUGCUGCACCGUGCCAGCCACUCACCUCUGACUGAAUCCCGUCUCCCACCUUUUCAUCACCCUCAACUUGUCCCGCGUGAGGAUGGACGCGUUUCCCUGCGGUCGGACCCGGUAAAAGUGUCACAAGAAUGCGGUCGGACGGGGAAACCGUGAGUAACCGGAGUGUCUUUGGGCGUCGGUGAUGUUUGCAAUUGGCGACUGCAGAAAUUUCCAAACGUGUCGGGCGAGUCGACAGACCGCUGCUUACUGGUGUGUGCGCUCUUGGAGAGGAAGAAUGGACAUGUGAAUGCUUUCUUUCAGCGGCUGAAAUAACUGAUUCGGUUGUGUUUAGUUCACUAACUUGAGACUGUAAAUUAUCACAAAGUCGCGCAACUGGAAACAGGAUUGUUUGAUUAAUUGUUUUUUUUUCGCUUGAGGAGGAAUUCAUGCGCCGAUAGCUUACGGGGCCAAUAUGCCAGAAUGGGUCCUCUACAGUAUUUAUUUCUCUGUGGACUUCUAUACACCCAAACCGACGGGUCUCGUCUUCGCCAGGAAGACUUCCCUCCCCGCAUUGUCGAGCACCCCUCUGACCUCAUUGUGUCCAAAGGGGAACCAGCCACUCUCAACUGUAAGGCAGAGGGCCGUCCAGCCCCCACGGUGGAAUGGUACAAAGAUGGGGAGCGCGUUGAGACGGACCGCGACAACCCCCGUUCCCACCGUAUGCUGCUGCCCAGCGGGUCCCUCUUCUUCCUACGUAUCAUCCACGGACGACGGAGCAAGCCCGAUGAUGGCAGCUACGUGUGUGUGGCCCGAAACUAUCUGGGAGAGGCCGUAAGCCGGAACGCGUCUCUCGAAGUGGCAUUGUUACGUGACGACUUCAGGCAGAACCCACAGGAUGUGGUGGUGGCGGUCGGAGAGACUGCAAGUCUUGAGUGUCAGCCUCCACGCGGGCAUCCUGAACCUUCCACCUUCUGGAGGAAAGAUAAAGCUCGUCUUGACCUCAAAGAUGACAGGAUCACGGUUCGUGGAGGAAAGCUGACAAUCUCAAAUACCAAGAAGAGUGAUGUGGGGAUAUAUGUGUGCGUGGCGGCCAAUAUGGUUGGUGAAAGAGAGAGUGAAAAAGCUCAGCUCUCAGUGUUUGAAAGACCAGUGUUUGUGCAACGGCCUGUGAACCAGGUGGUCCUAGUUGACGAGACUGUAGAGUUCAGGUGUCAGGUUCAUGGUGACCCACCUCCCACACUGCGCUGGAAAAAGGAGGACGUGGACAUUCCCCGUGGCAGGUAUGACAUCAGAUAUGAAAAAGAAGACUUCCUGCUGAGGAUAAAGAAAGCAUCACUCAGUGAUCAGGGAACCUUCACCUGCGUCGCAGAGAACCGUGUGGGUAAACUGGAGGCCUCUGCCUACCUGACUAUCAGAGCUCGCCCCGUUGAGGCGCCCCAGUUUGUGGUGCGACCCCGUGAUCAGAUUGUGGCACAAGGACGAACAGCUACCUUUCCUUGCGAGACCAGGGGCAAGCCUCAGCCCACUGUCUUCUGGCAAAGAGAGGGUAGCCAGGAUCUUCUGUUUCCCAACCAGCCAACGCAGGGAGAUAGCCGCGUUUCUGUGUCUGUGAAUGGGGAGUUGACCAUUUUAUCUGUGCAGCGCUCUGAUGCUGGGUAUUAUAUCUGCCAAGCCCUCACUGUUGCAGGCAGCAUCAUGGCCAAGGCUCAGCUGGAGGUAGCAGACGCCCUGAAGGACCGCCCUCCACCCAUUAUCCGGCAGGGCCCUUCCAACCAAACGCAGGCACUGGGAGGUGUGUCCCUACUUAGGUGUCAGGCAUCAGGGGACCCAGAGCCUACAGUCACCUGGCGAAAGAAUGGGGCCAGUCUGCUUGGAAAGGACCCGCGAUUUUCCCUGCUGGAGCAUGGCAGCCUUCAAAUCCAGAAUACCAAGAUGUCUGAUGUGGGGUUGUACACCUGUGUUGCCACCAGCUCCAGUGGAGAAACGUCAUGGAGUGCCUACUUGGAUGUUAGAGACUCCACUGACCUCGUAGACUUCAUGUCUCACAACGCCACAGCUCUCCCAGGGCCCCCCUCCAAGCCAGAGGUCACUGAUGUUACCAAGAGCAGUAUCUCGUUGUCAUGGGAACCAGGGCCAGAGGCAGGCUCUCCAGUGUCCUCCUAUGUCAUCGAGGCUUUUGGUCAGUCGGUGAGUAACAGCUGGCAGACAGUGGCAGACCAUGUGAAGUCCACAGAGUUCACAGUCAAGGACCUACGACCCAAUACUGUCUACCUGUUCAUCAUCAGGGCAGUCAAUGCUCAAGGGCUUGGGGACCCCAGCCCUAUGUCUGAGCCUGUCAGGACCCAAGACAUUAGUCCCACAGCACAGGGAGUAGACCAUCGUCGCGUGCAGAAGGAGCUGGGGGAUGUGGUGGUCAGCAUGCAUAACCCUGUGGUCCUCAGCUCCACUUCAGUGCAGGUCACAUGGACUGUGGAGAAUCCAUCCCAGUUUAUUCAAGGCUACCGCGUUCUGUACCGGCAGACGUCAGGGCUGCCCUCCCCAGGGCCAUGGCAGAUAGAGGACUUGAAGGUCGCCUCGGAGAGGGACAUAACUCUCGCCGGUCUGAAGAAAGGCAUAGUCUAUGAGAUUAAAGUGCGGCCAUACUUCAAUGAGUUCCAGGGUGCAGACAGUGAAUCCAUGACAGCACGCACCAUGGAAGAAGCACCUGGGGCACCUCCGCAGCAAGUCACAGUGUUGACAGUGGGGAGCCACAACAGCACAUCCAUCAGCGUAUCAUGGGACCCUCCUCCCUCUGACCAACAGAAUGGUAUCAUUCAGGAGUACAAGAUCUGGUGUCUGGCCAACGAAACCCGCUUUCACGUCAAUAAAUCUGUGGAUGCAACCAUCCGUUCAGUGGUCGUUGGGGGGCUGCAGACCGGAGUGCAGUACCAUGUGGAGGUGGCUGCAGGCACAAGCGCAGGGGUGGGGGUCAAGAGCAAACCCCAGCUCAUCAUCUUGGGUGCAGAACUGAGGGACGUGAUGACGGGAUCAGAGGGCAACAAUAGCAUCUCAGACGUGGUGAAGCAGCCGGCCUUCAUCGCCGGUUUGGGAGGGGCCUGCUGGAUUGUCCUCAUGGGCUUCAGUGCCUGGCUGUACUGGAGGAGAAAAAAGAGGAAGGGACUCAGCAACUAUGCAGUUCAGUCCUUCACUUUUACUCGUGCAGUUACAUUCCAAAGAGACAGAGGCCUGAUCGGAAAUGGAAGCCGUCCAGGGCUGUUGAAAGCUGGUGACCCUGGCCUCCCCUGGUUAGCUGACUCCUGGCCCUCAACGAGCCUCCCAGCUAAUGGAGGCUUGGGGAGUCCGAAGGGAGGCAGCAACUUUGGCCGAGGAGAUGUUUUACCGUCCGCAGCGGUGGAAAAGACGGGCACCAUGCUGUCUGAUGGUGCCAUCUACAGCAGUAUUGACUUCAUGGGGAAAGCAGGCUACAGCAGCCCGGCGCGAGGCAGUCAGCCCACCCCCUACGCCACCACUCAGAUUCUCCAGUCCAGCAGCUUCCACGAGCUGGCUGUGGACAGGCCAGAUCCCCGCUGGAAGGCGUCUCUCCAAGCCCAGCAGGAAAUCGCAAACCUGGGCUACUCGCUAACUGACAGACGCCCUGGCAGCGGUGCAAAGGUUGGGAAGAAAAAGAAGGUGAAGGGUGGAACAAAGGCCUCUAAAUCAAAUGGGACGUGCUGGGCUAACAUGCCCCUGCCUCCACCACCCAUGCACCCUCUCCCUGGUACCGAGGUUGACCUUGACCGUUACCCCCAGGAAAACCACGGAGGAGGAUAUGACAACAACAGCUGGGCCCCACCCAUCUCUGUCCAGACCUACCGCCACCAGAAUUUGGACAAUGAGGUAGAGGAGGAGAGAGGUCCUACUCCUCCCCUGAGAGGAAGAUCCUCCUCGCCGGCAACAGCUUCCUUCAGCCAGCCCUCAUCUUCCUCUCUCAGCUCAGCCCACCACGAGGAGAUGCAGUCCAUUUUGCAGGCGCACUUGGAUGAGUUGACCAGAGCCUACCAAUACGAGGUGGCCAAGCAGGCGUGGCACAUGAAGGGCAGUCCAAACGUGUCCAGCACCCCCAUCCCUCCAAUGGACUUCAUGUCCAGUACACUGGGCUCUGAUUUGGGAGCAACUCUCCUUUCUGAAGAAGACGAGGAUGUGGAGGAGGAGGAGAGAUACGCUGUGGUGUCAAAGAAUUUGUGUGGCUUUGAAUACACUCCUGGUCACAGCAUGGAUAACCUUGAGGGCUCAGGUAAGAGCUCACAGCAGUGCCGCUCAGACAGCUCUGGCUCAGCAGACCAUGGUGAACAGGGCUCACAUAGCCUCGGCCACAAGAGGGCACCACUGACUGGCCUCAAACCACAGACGGGCAAGGUCGGGACUCUGCCCAGACGAAGAGACACCAACACAGACGCCCACACACCGGCCAUGAAGUCCCUGCACAGCGUGGGUUCCCGCAUGCACAGCUCGUGGGCAGCUGCGGCCUCAGACCCCUCUGAGGAGUGCAUGGUGACCGUGUCGACGCUGGAGCGGCAGCAUAUGGCUUCCUGGAGCGGCACAACAACAUCCAACAGGGCCACCCUGAGUAGGGGUUCCCACAAGAGACCUGGCACAGAUCCCUCCCACAACGGGCAUCCUGCAACAAACAGCACAGAGAAAAGGGAACACUAGUCUUUGUGAAGCAUCAUUCCCUGCAGUUGCUGCCUGUCCCAGGACACCUUGUUUGUAAGCGCUAUGAGAUUUUUCUCUCUGCGAGUGACACAGAAUGAUGUUCGGAAGACGGAGAGGAGACAGAACGAAGACAAAGGAACAGUGUGCACGAUAAAAAUGCAGAGCUGUAAAUGUCAUGUACAGACACAGGCACCAGUCUCACAGUGUUAUUUUCAUCCCCCCCUCUUCAAAAGAGUAAACAGUAUGUUAUAUGUCUGCUUCUUUUUUCUGUCACAUGGUGUACAAAGAUUCACACGGUGAAGACGAAGAAGAAAAAUCACAACAAAAUGACCAACUAAAGUGAAAAAGGGACUUGCAUAAUUUGUAAAUAUAUUUUUUAAUGUUUUUCUCUUCCUUUUGCUUUGCUAUGCAAGCCAAACCCAAUGUUGUCUCUUUUGUGAUUUAUUACUGUGAAUGAUUUUUCAUUAAUGCUCAAACUGUUAGCUUAUUUUGAUGAAGCUACUGUAUCGAUGUACUUUGCACAGAGCGUUUUUGGUGAAAAUAAGCACAAACCCAUUGUCAGCUGAGCUGAGGAGGAGAAUCAUAAUGGCAAAGAGGGAUGUCUAUGUUAAACAGAACCUAAACAGAAGAUAUAUACUUGGCUGUGUUAUAAUUGUCUUGAGAAACACUCGUAUAUUGAGAUCUACAAGGAAAAAACACAGGAAAAUACUUGGAAAUAAUAAGCCAAUAUAACAAACUGUGUUUCACACGACUUGCUGGGAAUCCUAUUAUGCAUUAUACUAACAAUGGGUCUCAGCAAAAUGGUUACCAGAACAUUGUUUAUGGUAACAAAGCAACACAUCAGUUGUGAUAUCCAAAGCAAAGACGUAGGAAAAUAGGUGUCACUUCCCUGCCAUUUCCCCAAAAGAGUAUGUUAAUAAAAAAUAUAUAUAUAUAUUUGCUUUGGUAAUACUUUUCCAAUUACAUACAGUGACAUAGUGACAGUGCAAUAUUGACAGGACUAUGAAAGUGAAGGGAAAUGUUCAGGCCAAAAUGUCCUGAUGUCACCUGAAAACAAAUGAGAUGCAGAGUUUAAACGACAGUAUGAUAUAUGAUGUUAAACAUCAAAGAAACUAUACUAGAUUUGUUCAUAUGUAUUACACUGUUGAAUGCUUAUGGAUUUACACAAUCACCGUACGAAGAUGUAUAGACUUGACCAACUGCCAAAUUUGAUCUUUUGAAAACCUUUUCCAGUUUGAAAAUGCAGCCAAUUAGCAUUUUUUCUGCCAAUGAGAUUCACGACGCCAUGUCUUUCCACUCGUUUGGAUGAUUUUGUUCUGAUCAUUGUUCUGGUAAUGGCUCUCCCUUUGAAGAAUCUUUACCUGCCAGAUUGGUUUGCCCUCAGGAAUACGCAGCCACAUACAGUUGGGCCGUUUUUCAAUCCUUUGAUGCAAAAUAAAAUGUGUAUGUG